AUGCGGAGCGAGUCGCGGGAAAGCGUGCCAAGCACUUCGGCGGCGCCGCCCGCGGCGACCGAGGAGGCCGCGUGCUUCUGGGCGCUCCUCUCUACGUCUGCCGAGAGCGACAUGCUGCACUUUGUGUACGUCGACCCCGCUGUACAGCAGCGGCUGGGCCCGGCGGCCACGUCGCUGACGCGGCGUGCCUUUACCGACUUUGUGCAUCCCGACGAGCGUGCGCAUGCGCGCGACGACCUCGCGCGGAUCGUGCAGAGCCGCACGCUGUUUGGCAGUGUGACCCGGUGCCGGUACGCGUCGCUGGACCAGAUGCAGCGUAUGCUCACCGCUGACGAGGCGCCGGGCGAUUUCCGCGCGACCGACGUCGUGGCAAACAUGGUCGGCGAGCGCCUCGCGCUGUGCUUCUUCCACACAGUGUCGAAUACGCCGGCAGGCGCAACGCACUGCGGCGAUGCGCGCCAGGCAUUUGACGCGGUGCAGUCGCGCCAGAUCUGGCAGCAGCUCUACCAUGCCACGGGGCCGCCGAGCGACGCGGCUGUGCACUACGUCUUCCAGGUGCUUGCCAACGGCCCCCAACGUGAGAUCCUCUUUAGCUGGCCGCCGCCGCGUACCGAGCGGAGCGGCGCAGAGGACUACGCGUCGUACCAUGCACAGGACUUUGCGCGCCUCGUCCAAGGCAUCCACGCGGGCCAAGCGGCGCAGGGCGCACAGCCCACGAGCUGUACGCAGCGCUUCCGCGCAUCACAUACACUCACUGCGUCGGGGCGCAUGCGUGGCAUCGCGAGCGUCUUGAUUCCCUACGGCGCCGUGGUGCUUGCGUGCUUCCAGGUGACGAGCGACGCGCCGAGCCCCGAGCGUGCCAGUCCGGUGGCGAAGCGGCAGCGCACGCAGUCCGUCGAGGCGCCGCUCGCUGCCAAGCCCGAAGGACCUGCAGAAGGCUGGAAAAAGGAGACGCACGCGUCGAUCCCGCUGGACGCCGGCACAGCGCAUGCCGUGCGCUCGUCGCUCCUGCAGGGCGGUCUGCCUACGCAGCACACCGAGAUGGACACGAGCAGCAAUGUCGCGACGCUCGCGGCGGUCGCGGCCGCGGCCGCCGCGCAGUCCAAAACCUGCUCGAGCUGCGGCAAGAGCAACAGCCCCGAGUGGCGCCGGGGGCCAUCGGGGCACAAAACCUUGUGCAAUGCAUGUGGCCUGCGCUACGCGCGCUCGCUGUCCAACAAGCGCAAGCGCUCCAAGGACGGCACGGUCGUCACCGUCGAGGCGACGGGCGACCCCGGCACGGUCCCCCCCAGCCGCGGCAGCGGUGGCGGCUCGCGCCCUGGCGUGCACCGCCGGACCCAGAAGCGCAGCGAGACGCAGGACGAUGUGCCCGAAGCGCCGUCGCAGAGCGAGCGCCUCGCGAGCGUCCUUGCGAGCCUGCCGCCCGCGUCGGAGCCGCGCGCUGCGCCGACGACGCUCCCCGCGCCGUUUGCCCCGUCGGUCGACCCCCUGCCGCACUCGGUCGUGAUGGCGGCGGCGGCGGCGGCGGCGGCGGAUAGCCGCUACGCAAUGCCGAGCCAGCCUCUGGGCGGCAUGUCGCCUGGGCUGCAGCAACAUACCCCCUCGACGGCCGCGCUCCCCCCCUCGAUCCCCGCGAGUGCGCCGCCCGUGACGAGCGACUAUCUGACGCCUGCGCCGGCCAAGGCGGACUAUGACCCGAAAGCGCUCGAUGCGAUCCUCUCGAAUACACUGCUUCCUUCGAAAGAAACGCCGCUCGGCGGCAACGUUUCCCUCGGCGUGGACGCGUACUCUGUGCCCGGCGCGGUGCCGGACAAGACCACGAGUGACCAAGCGCCGAUCUUUGCCGCGCUGGCCGCGCCGUCUGGCGCGGCUGCGCCCCAAAAUCCGAUGAAGAAAAGCGACGCCUCGUUCUCUGUGCCGGUCGACACGAUGGCUGUCUCGGCGAGCGUGACGCCGACCGAUGCGGCGAUUGGCGGCCUGCUGCCGGUGCCUGCGCCGUACCCCGAGGUGUUCCCCGGCCUGGGCCCGGCCGCCACUCAGCCACAGCAUGGGUCAUAG